CCGCAUGAUAGGUGGUUCAGAUAGGAGUCAGAGGACUAAAGCAAUCACCUGGUUAUUGGGUGCAGGAAGACCUGCAAAUGUCAUCAUCCGUUCCCUGCCCAUAUCCCACGUCCACCUGCCUCUGGAAAAAGGGUUGACGGGAGAGAAAGAAGACCGGCCUGGGCCCUGAUGCUACGUAUAUGACUGAUGUUUGAGGACUGUUUGGGGAUGGUUUGGGAAUGGCUUGGGGAUGGUUUGGGGAUGGUUCGGGGAUGGUUUGGGGAUGGAUUUUCACAGGUGAGUGUGCGCUGGAGAAUUUGCGAACAUUGUGCGUGUUGUGCCAUGCUGAGGUAACAGGAGCGCAGGCUCGGCGUCGAAUAACUGAGAAAAACGAAAUUGGACGGAGGUUUCGAAAUCAGGUUGACGAAUGCCGAAAGCUACAGAAGUGCUCAACAAAGAAACAAAAAUUGCACAAAGAGGGGGUUGAGGGCUCCAAGAAUGAUCAGAUUGGAGAUGUCCCAGGUACUGCCCACUCCCUGGAUGAAUUGGAUGACGAUCUUCUUGCAGUAGAUAUCGCUGGCAGUGCAUACAGUUCAUGGUACCGCCGUAACCCUGUUGAAGGGAAGGAAGAAGAGAGUCAUGGGAGAGGGAGGGGAGAAUGUGACGGAGGAUCCGUGCCCGUCUUUGUUCCCGAAAGUGGAGGAGGAUCAGCGGCCUUCUCGGUUCCCUUUGAGAGUCAGAAAUUUUCAGCCAAUCAGCAAACACAUGAUCGCAUUGGCUCCACUCGCGAAGAACAGGGAACGGGCACUUUUGACGUUGAUGCCGAAAGCAAUGACACAGCAAAGACGGCGACUUCUGCUAGUCAGGCAGGCCUCUAUGAAGCAGCAGAGGCAUCAAGGCCACCUGACCCAUCGGAGUGCUUCACGGCUGCUGUUGUGCAAUUUCAUUUCGGGACCGGUGAUGUCGAAGCCGUAGCUAUCACUGACCAGUUCAGACGGGUCAAGAGUGACGAUUUGAAGAAAACUGGAACCUUUGGCAAUGAGGCAACCCGAAGUGGAAGUGGACCUAGAGCAGGGCCAGAGUGUGGUGGGCAGGAUUGCGGAGGAUCUCGUUCAGGUCCAUCUGGAGCGAAAACUUCGAUUGACAAAAGUGUGGAUGAAGAUGCCAAGAAGACGACAAUCACAUCUGGCUCUGGACCAUUUGGGAGAGUCGAGAAGAAACCAGAGUCCCGUUCCAGGGCAGUCGGAAGCAAAGCUCAGAAGAAAAGUGCACCAGGAUCUGGACGGGGGCGGCCGUGUUCUCAGAAAAAUUGUUUUCCGGAAGCUAGAAUGUUCGUUUCCGAUGACGAAAGCUCAGAUGAUGACUUGACAGGAAUUGGAAGAAGAGCCGGUCCCGCUGGAAGAGGUGCAAAGCAAAAGACAAGAUGUGGAUCCAAACUGGAAGUGUUUCGGAGAACAUCCACCUUGGCGCUGGGAAACAGCAUGAAGAGAGUCGGAAGCGCAUCCAGAUCCAGUCGAGACCCAGAUCCGACUCCAGACUUGGGAAAGGAUGCGAUUGGGAUCCAGACUGGAGCCAAAUCUGGAGCCAGAUUAGAGCCACAGCUUGGAUACAAGGCAAACCAUACAGGAACUGCAUGCAGGUCCAGACCGGGGCCACAUCUGGUUCCAGUGUCGGAGGAGAACAGAAUCGGAAUCCACACUGGGACCAGACCUGGAUCCGGGUUUGAAGCCACUCUUGGGAGCAAGUCAAAUCAAACUGGAACUGGAACCGGAUCCAGACCAGAGCCAGAUCUGGUUCUGGUGUUGCAUCGCAACAGGACCGGGAUCCAGACUGGAACCAGAUCUGGAUCAGGGUUUGAACCCGAUCUUGAGAGCAAGGCAGAUCAAACUGGACCUGCAUACGCAUCCGGGCCAGCACCAGAUCUGGUUCCGGUCUUGCAUCACAACAGGAACGCGAUCCAGACUGGAAUCACAUCUGGAUCUGGGUUUGAAACCGAUCUUGGGAGCAAGGCAAAUCACAGCGGAACUGCAUCUGGAUCCAGACCAGAGCUAGAUCUGGUUCCGGUCUUGCAUCACAACAGGACUCGGAUCCAGACUGGAACCGGAUCUGGAUCCAUGCUAGAAUCGGGCCUUGGACACGAUGCAGGGGAAACCGGAACGCAUGCCGGAACCGGAUCUGGACCCAUGCAGGAGUCACAUUCGGUUCCAGCAUCUGAACGGAGAAAGAACCAGGCCAAGACUCAUCCUGAAUCUGGACUGAGCUUGGAACGAGACAACAGUGGAAGUGAUGUGAAGAGGACUGGUGCCAAAUCCGGGCAGAUUGGACGUAACAGUGUGGAUCCUGGAAGCAGAUCCAGAGUAUCGGCUGGAAGAGAUGAAAAGAAGUUGGAGGCCAGAUCUGGACGGGGACCUGGCCGGAACAACAGUUGCUCUGUGGUUGUAAACUGCAUUUCCGAUGACGAAACCUCAGAUGAUGAUCUACAAAUGAUAACAGUGGUUGGCUCAAGGCGCUCACAGGAUCGAGCCUAUUCAUUGCUCCAACGGCGUUCGCCCAAAUGCGGUGGGGGUCGGGAGCCUGAUCCCACCAAUGAGAGGGAGCAUGGCGUGGAAGGGAGUACUAUCAGCACUCGAAAAAAUAGCAAACCAGUAGAGAUAAGGCAAAAAGACAUGUCUGGAGAGGAGAGCGGCUCCGGGGGAACGACAAACCGAAUUUCUAAUGGCAAUGAGGAUUUGCUGCAGAGGCCCAUAGUCAGCUCAAAGUACUUCCACCGACAUGAGUGUGGAAUGCGUCCACUGGCACCUGCUGAAAGCUGUGCAGGUGGAGAAACGUGUGCAAGUGAGGCAAAGGAGGACAGGCAGGAAGCAAAUUGCCACAGCAAUCUCGGACAGGAAGAAAGCAUUCUUGCAGAGAAUGUGCCCCAGGAACAGAAUCCGCUCUGGGAACAGAAUGUGGUCCAGGAACAGACUUGUGCAAACGAUGCAAGGGAGGACAGGCGGGAAGUAAAUGGCCACAGCAAUCUUGGGCAGGACGAAAGCAUCCAGGCACAGAAUGUGCUCCAGGAACAGAAUGUGUUCCGGGAACAGACUAGUCCAAGCGAUGGAAAGGAGGACAGGGUGGAAGUAAAUGGCCACAACGCUCUCAGGCGGGAAGAAUGCAUUCUAGUGCAGAAUGUGCUCCAGGAACAGAAUGUGCGCCAGGAACAGAAUGUGGUCCAGGAACAGACUUCUGCAAGUGAUGGAAAGGAGGACAGGGGGGAAGUAAAUGGCCACAACAAUCUCGGGCAGGCAGAAAGCAUUCUAGCGCACAAUGUGCUCCAGGAACAGAAGACGCUCCAGGAACAGACUGUGGUCCACGAAAGGAAUGUGCUCCAUGAACAGAAUGUGGUCCAGGAACAGACUGAACAGAAUGUGGUCCAGGAACAGACUGUGGUCCAGGAAAAGAAUGAGGCCCAGGAACAGAAUGUGCUCCGCGAACAGAAUGUGGUCCAGGAACAGAAUGUGGUCCAUGAAAGGAAUGUGCUCCAGGAACAGAAUGUGCUCCAGGAACAGACUGUGGUCCAGGAAAAGAAUGAGGCCCAGGAACAGAAUGUGCUCCGCGAACAGAAUGUGGUCCAGGAACGGAGGGGAGAACAUGUGGAACUGAGUAUAUCAGGAGUAGCUGACACUCCAGGGACACAAUGUGCUUCAAUGGCAGAAUGUGGUCGAAGACCGGAACAUGUUUUAACAGUUAACACCAUUGAGAAGGGACAGAGGCCAUUCCCAAGUAAAUCUGCGAAUCAAAGAUUCGAGAAGAUUUGCAGAGAAGGGGAUGAGCCUAAUAGGUUGCCUACACUUGUCAUUGAUAUUGAUGAUGAUGAUGAUGACAGAGACACAUCGACAAGCGGUGGGUCUUCAAUAAGUGUGUUGAUUAGCAGGGCAGUUGAGGCUAUCACUUGCAAUGUUGAAGGUGGUGGACAGACUGGUGUCGACGCCGAUCUUCAUGUUGGAAAAGAUAGUAUACUGAAAGACGGGCAGGAAACAACAUUAGGCAUUCAAUCUGAAGCAGACCAAAUGGUAGAUGGUGGGUCAAAUGGCAGGCGAGCUCCAUUUCUGGAAGUCAUCGAAUCGCUUGUUACUUGUAGUCAGGAUGAAUUCUUUGGCACGAGCAGCACCAUGAGAAGGGUGUCGUCACCUCCUCCUCCUCUUUCUGUGCGCAGUGGGUCAGGUAAUCCAGCCCAUGAAAUUUCCAUCUCUUCUGUGACUGCUGAUACAAAAACGAAAAGGACAAAGGACCCUUGCGACCAUCAGGAAAGGGGUUCUACAGCCAGUGAUGCGCCACUCGGCUGGACUCACGUCAGGGAUAGCACCAGGAACAGCAGCAGCAAUACCAACACGAGUAAUAGCAGCUGCAGCAGCAGCGGCUAUUGCAGCACAAUCAAUAGCAGUAGGAGCAAUAGGAGUACAAGACAUGACACAAGUUACAGUACGAGGAGGAGCGAUAGCAGUAGCAGGACCACCAACAGGAGAGGAAGCAAUAGCCUUUGCCUCCAGAGCACCAGCUCUCAUGAAUUGCAAGACAAGUCUUCGGCUGCAGGGCUUGAUAAUGUGCCAGACCCAGCACAGACGGAGGCACCUGCAACCUUUUCAUCACUGCCCCUUUGCAAGCCUAAGCCAUGGGAAGGCACACACGGGCCCGCCGGGAAAAGAGGUAUGGGACCAGGCAUGCGAAGUGGUACGGGAACCGCUCUUGCCGGAGAAGAGACUGGAGAUAGCCGAUGUUCGGUUGUUAGGAGUGGUCUGUUUCCAAAUGAGCAGAAGCAAUGCGUUCAACAAAACUCGGCCUCGGUUUCAUGCACGCUACCCAACCCUGCUCAUACCGAGAGACCUGCAACACGUAUGUCGCUCUCCCUUCGCAUGAUCAAGGCACGGAACAAAUACCAACAGAAAUGCACAGACACUGCAGGUAAAGAAACCUCCAUCACAGCAGAAGAGAACGAGGGUGGUCGACUUCCUCCUCCAUUGGAGGGUGGUCCGUUCGGAAUCAAUCAGAAGCGAUCUGUACGAGACUCAACCUUGGUUGUAAAGACCUCCCACGACCCGGCAGAGAUGGAGAAUCCAGCUAGAUGUUUGCUUAGUUUUCCCGUUUCUGAGCCAGGUGCAUCCACCGGAUGGCAGCAGACGAAGACGGGGAUAACGUGUACAUCUACAGGGAAAGAGAGGGAAGGAAGGAAUUUGUCUCCUUGUGAGGGUGGUCCUGGUUCGGCGAAUAGGCAAGAAGUACAAGUCGUGCAGGACUCAGCCUUGUUUCUCAAGGUAUCACCCAACCCGGCACAGGCAGAGAACCUGGCAGGUCAUCUACCCCUGAUGAAGCUCAAGCCAUGCAGCCAGCAGCAAGAGCAAAACAUGCGGCUUGCCUGCCGCCAAGCUGCAGCAGAAGGGCAGAAGGAUGGUGGUGGCCGAUCUUCUACCAUGGUCAGUGAUUCUGGUGAUGUGCAUGAACGAUGCAUACGAGAAGAUGACCGGAGGGAAGGAAGGAAUCUGUCUCCUUGUGAGGGUGGUCUGGGUUCGACGAAUCGGCAAGAAGAAGUCCUCCGGGACUCGGCCUUGUUUAUCAAGGUAUCGCCCGACCUGGCACAAGCAGAGAAGCCGGCAGGCCGUCUGCCCCUCAUGAAGCUCAAGCCAUGCAGCCGGCAGCAAGAGCAAAACAUGCGGCUUGCCAGCCGUCAACGUGCAGCAGAAGGGGGAAAGGAUGGUAGUAGUCGAUCUUCUAACAGGGGCAGCGAUUCAGGUCAUGUACAGAAAAGAUGCACACGCGAAGUCGAUCAGAACUCAUUGCAGAAAGACACCACAACGGCUAGGGAACAUGCGAAUCCAUUCUCCAUGUAUACAUUCGAUUUCGGUGUUGCCUCCUCGAGAACGACCGCAGGAGCAUCCAGGAGCAGCAACUGCAUUACCUUGUGCUCCGAGAACUGUGUGCCGUCAUCAUUGCCAUGCAAAUGCACAGAGCAAGCGAACGAGAUCCUGUCAAGAUCAACGGCAAAGCAGGAAACCGUUCCCAUUGAAAGUCAUGCCGAUAACUCCAACAAUGCAGAGCUCCAGAAGCUGUCCGAUCCCACGGCUCCGCUUCCCAGUGGCAACAGCUUUAGCAGGAGCAGCACACUUGGCACGGGUCCACUCAGCGCGGUUGCUGAGAAGGGUUCUCUGGUCACAAAAACAGGCCGGCGAAAGUGUGGCACGUCGUAUAAACAACAUAAAAUGGAACUGCUGAGAUAAGGUGGGGUAGCCUGCGUUCCAUUCUGAUUCCCUUACCCUUUCGUUCCUUUUCUUUUUGAUUUCUGGAUCUGAACUCAGGUCUGCAUCUCAACAGUUGGUGGGUGUACCAACUAAGCUAGGCCCACUGAUACUUCUCUUACCCUUUCUCUCUUGUACCCUUCUUUUUUUAUUAUUAUUAUUAUCUUAAAACUUCAAAGUUGAAACUCUGAAAAGGGAGUUCUUCGGGAUAUCCGUUAAAAUUGGAACG